CUCCUGUAAGCUCAGAGCGAAGUGCCGACCCCAGUGUUCUCUCACCUCCCUGGGUGCCGCUUACACGGCUAGUUGUAACAAACCCAUCAGGACAUCAAUAGAGUCACUGUGUUGAAUAAUCACAGGCGAUCGGGCUGUAGGCUUGCAGCAGCAGCAGCUCCGCUGCCUAGUGACAUCACUCCUGAAGCUCAAAUCCCACUCUAAGCUCCCUUCAUUAGCCGUCUUGUUGGUCUGUCUGCUCUUACAGAGCCACGGACCCCCGCACACCCGAGCAGGCAGCUUCCCAGGCGAGGCUUGGGCAAUUGGAAGCCACUGGGGGGAAGAGACGGAGCAGGAGAGAGACAGAGAGAGGGAGGAAGAGACGGUGUGAAGAGGCUAGUGAGAAGCAGAAACACAACACACAAGCCACAGUAUGAAAUUCAUCUCUGCUUAUUACUUGCUGCCUCUUUUCCCUGCGCUGGUCUUUUGCUCUAGACAGGGCUAUGAAGAACUGGAAAGACAGCUGAAAGAAGUCUUUAAGGAAAGGAGCAAUAUCCUUCGUCAACUGUCGAAGACUUCUAAAGAACUUGAGGGAAUUAAAGUAAACCUCCAGUCUUUGAAAAAAGAUGAAGCAUCUGCCAAGAAUGAUGUGCAGAAACUUCUGGAACUGGGCCAAAAGCAAAGGGAAGAAAUGAAAUCUCUCCAGGAGGCCUUUCAAAAGCAGCUUAAUGAGGCAGCUGAGAAAGCAGAAAAGCAGCAGGCUACCAUUAACUUUUUGAAGACUGAAAUGGAAAGGAAGAGCAAAAUGAUCCGUGACCUCCAAAAUGAGAACAAAAGCCUCAAAAACAAGCUCCUGUCAGGAAACAAGCUUUGUGGUAUUCAUGCAGAAGAGUCAAAAAAGAUCCAGGCUCAACUGAAAGAACUUCGUUAUGGGAAAAAGGAUUUGAUUUUUAAGGCACAACAGCUAAUGGAUCUGGAGCAAAAACUAGCAGUUGCAAAAGAUGAAUUGGAAAAGGCAGCCCUUGACAAAGAGUCACAGCUGAAAGCUCUGAAGGAGACUGUACAGCUUUGCCUCUCUUCCGUUCUGCACAAUCACCCUCCCGCUAGGAAUCUGAUCCCUGCAAAUCCAGCAGAGAAGCUGACGGCCCCCAUGACAAAGGGCUCAAAAGUUCCCUUUCAAGCGACAAGCACUAAGCCAAAUGUCUCAGCAGACAAAGAGAGUCUUCGCAUUACCUCAAGAAAGAAAGAAAAUCGGAGCAUCCAGGAGUGUGAUUCUCAAGACGUUGGCAAGACAUGUUUGGGGAACCGCAAUAAUUCAGCAUCUCAUGUGAAGGCAGCAGACACAGAGACAAGCUUUCAGAAGUUGCACAGCCCUCCGUGGACUAAACCUGAAGAUAAAAAAUCACCUGAAAGAAAUGAGAGAAAAUUUGAAGAGCCUGUUAGUACAAAAGAAAAAAACCUCUAAGCACUACUAAUCUACAUGAAAAAUGUCCUUCACUUGCUCCCAUCUUCUUUUUUUUAGUUCAGAGGCAUGAAAUGUAACAGGUUUCUAAAGCAUGCUUUUUUUCACUAUUUUAUGAAUGUUUGUAAAAUAGUCUAGAAUAGACCAUUUAGUAUCUUUAAGCAAUAAUCCAAAAUGGAUGUUUGAAGAAAUGCUUUGUAAUACAGUCCAGUUUUUUUUGAAAUAUAAUUCUACCCUGGUCAGUAAUUGCAUAUUAUAAAUUAGUUUGUUUUGUAAACAACUGCCAUUCUCAAAUAUCAUUUUCUGCAUCUAUUCUACAUGAAGUACCUUUACAGCAGAUUAGCAUUUAAAUCAAGUUAAGAAUAAAAGGCAGUUAACAUGGAAAAAAUAUUUACAAGUCUUUGUAAGCAUAGUUGAAGUGGAGUGCAAUUCAUCAGAGUAACUGUAAAAGUGGAAGACUAAGGAUCCAUGUAUAUUUGCAUUUCAGUAAUACCAUUUCAAGUCUGCUUACUUAAACAAUAAAAGUUGUUUGUUUGUUUUUUCUAAGUGCUAUAACUACUAGCCCAAUUUUGAGCACUGAAAUGUUGGCAGAAAUGCGGAGUUAAAGGGAUGGAGAUGGGAAGAGCUGUGGCUUUCAGGAUUCAAGCAAAAAUUCAUUUCCAUACCUUAUAGUUGUGCUGAUCUCGAUAGGAUAAAUGCACAUUAAAUGGUAAAAACACAUUUUGUCCACUACAGGUGGUGUUUUGUCACUACAGUACCGGUUAGUAUUUUCAUUGGGAUGCACUAUAUGACUCCUAGGAUUUUUUCACUUUCUCAUAGGUCACAUAGUCCACGGAAGAUUUCAAAGCAGAAAGAAAGUGAGGAGAAGGAAGAAAGAUUUCCUUUUCUUCUUUGGGUAUAUAUCAAAGUCAAUCUAAUUUAGGAAUUCAUACACCUCCCGUGAAAAUCUCUCAAAAACCUAAUGCCUUAGGAACAAUACCUGAUGCCGUGCUUAUAUGCUUUCCUCUUGCAUGAAGAGUUUUGAACAAUUGUAACCAUUGUAACUGGUUGUUUAUAAUUUACUACCAACUUGCUAAGAAAAGAUUAUCCAUGUUAAGUGAUAUGAGAAAUCCUGACCGCAAAGAUGAUCAGAAAACAGAUCUGACUUUUUACAGUUGAGCCUAACCAGCAUUAUAAAAUCAAGCUUAUCACAUACAAUAUGAAUUUGUUUCGGGCAGUCUGGGCAACACAGCAGUCCUUUUCUGCAUUUCAGCUGUAGCCACUGCAAACCAGGUUGAAGCCAGUCUGCUGUACUUCAAAAUUUUUGGUAAAGCCUUGUGAUCCUGUCAAAUCUACAACUGGCACCUAAUUUUUGGUUAUAUAUCAAAACUAAAAUGUCUUUGCACCUGAUGCACAUUAAAUGAAGUAUCUGAGGUGUGGGUUGAAAAGGCCACCGAAACUGUUUCUGUCACCUCUCUAGAAAGGACGUGAAUCUUUACAUACAUGUCUUAGAAGAAUGAGGUAAGCUGUCCUCCUUGGCAUUCAUUUCACCUUUCCAAAGAAUUUAGUAAUGCUGGCAAAACAUCUACUAUUGUUAUAACUGCUUAUUAUUGCUGUAUCAAGAGACAGCUUGAGGUUGCUGUCCACAACAUGAAAAAACUUAUACCUUGUAAGUCAGUAACAAUCUAGCUUCACAGGAUGAUUGAGGUUGGAAGAGAUCUGUGGAGACCCAACAGUCCAAUCCCGUGCUUGGAGCAGGGUCAGCUGGAGCAGGCUGCUCUGGGCUGGGUCCAGUCGGGUUUGGAAUAUCUCCCCUCUGUUUUCUAGGAAUUUAUGCUUCAGCUUUGCAGGAAAUUUUCCAUAUGCUUUCUAGGAACGUCCCCUCUGCUUUCUAGGUAUUGCACAUGCUACUUUCUAGGAAAUUAUCCCCCUUUGCUUGCUGCAAAUUCUCCAUGCCUUUUCUAAGAAUUCACCUCUCGGCCUUCUAGGAAAUUUUCUGGUACUUUUUAGGAAUUCAGCCUUGCUGUCUGGGAAAAUGCAUCAUCUAAUUGGUAUUUCACCACAAGGUAAUUUACAUCUGUUUUCCAUCAGAAAAACAACACUAGAUGUCUGUUCUAUUUUUUUCCCCUCAAAAAGGUUCAUUGUAAGAAGCUUUCUUCUAGCCAUGGAGUUGUGAUCUGGGUUAUAUUUGCAUGAUCCUCACAUUAAAAAUGUUAUAGAAGCAUAUGAAGUAUUUCUUUGCUUGUUUGUUUAAAGAAAUACAAAUUUUAUUGGGUAGGUUUCUGGGAAAAUCUCAAACCAGUAUCUUAUACAUUAAAACAGCUAUUGUGGGUUUUUUCCCUAUAGUCUAUGUGAUUUGAGUAUGUUGACAAGGUGUUUAUAAGGAAAAGUCUCAUUUUGACUUCACUUAAAAUGUGGGGUUUUUUUAUUUUAAUGAUGAAAAUAGGUAGCAAAAUCUGUACUUGAAAUCCUUCUUCCAUGUUUGAUAUGAUCAUUUGAUUUUAUUUUUAGUGUUUCUUUUUUAAGUUAACUAUAAAAGUUUGCAUAGCUGGCAUACUUGUGAUUAAAUGUAUGUUAAAUACGCUGCUAUCCACAAAGUAUUGGUUUAUUCAAAAUAAUAGUUAAAAAAAAAACGAACUUUAAAUAUUAGCAAUACCCAGACACCAUUACAUUGUUCUUCGCAAAUACUCUUAAAGGUGUUGUGAAUCAAGACCGUACAACUUAAUGAUCUAUAAAACAUUUUAACUUGAUUCUAUUGGAAUAUUUUUAUCCCAUAAUUUUUGGCCUUGAUUCAAGCCAUGAAACAACUCAUGUGCCUAAGUAGAUUAUGUAUGUAAAUAACCAGACCAACAAAACUAUCUUAGCAAUUAUUAGCUAUAUGUUCUCUAACUGAAAAUAUUUUUUAUUAAAUUUCUGUAAGUUUUUUUUCUGGUACAGUAAUAUUAGAGAUUUACUUGGACACUUUCAUAAUGCAACUUGAUUUGCACAGUGGAACAAGAACGUCCCAAAAUUCCUUAUACAUUGAUUCAGAAAGUUAAGAAAGAUAGAGAAUUUUUUUUUUGGAAAUGAUGUUAAAGCUUGUAUUAUGAUUGUAAUGCAGUGAUCUCUUUGUACUUUAUCAUGAUUAAUAGCUGAAACUAAAAAAUGAAGUAAAACAAGUUUUGCUGGUGAUUUAA